AUGCCUACCGAAGGUCAGAUCGCCGGCGGCCACAAGGCCAACCUGAGCAACCCCAACACUUCUCAGGAGUCCAAGCAGCACUCCAGGGAGAUUCUGGACAAUGAAUUCAAUGGUGGUGACGUCCCUGCUCCCGGCGACGAAAACAAGAAUCCUGGCAAUGUUAUUGGUGGUCUCAAGGC